AUGUUCUUCUCACGGCCCCUUUCUUCAGUUACUCUGUUCAUUUGCUUGGUGACUUUUGCAUCUGGCGCCACUCUUGUGCCUUCUGAAGUGGAAGCUUUGAAGCAAAUUGCGAAGACGUUGGGGAAGACGAAUUGGAACUUCAGCGUAGAUCCAUGCAGUGGACAGUCGGGUUGGGUCAGAAACGGUCAAGUAAAAGGAGCAGAGAACGCGCUCUCUAAAUCUUUCAGAGACGCACACAGCCUAAGCCUAUCUAUCUCUUCAAACUCAACCAGUACUGCCACACCAUUACGUUUCGUUUCAAUCUUCAAACGCCAGCGGUUUAUCUUUUUCUUUCACCCAUCUGUGAACAUGUUCUUCUCACGGCCCCUUUCUUCAGUUACUCUGUUCAUUUGCUUGGUGACUUUUGCAUCUGGCGCCACUCUUGUGCCUUCUGAAGUGGAAGCUUUGAAGCAAAUUGCGAAGACGUUGGGGAAGACGAAUUGGAACUUCAGCGUAGAUCCAUGCAGUGGACAGUCGGAUUGGGUCAGAAACGGUCAAGUAAAAGGAGCAGAGAACGCGGUCACAUGUAAUUGUUCAUUUCCCAAUGACACGUGUCAUGUCACCAGCAUUGUUCUCAAGUCACAAAAUCUUCCAGGCACAUGUCCACCAGAACUGGUUAAACUGCAAUACCUUCACGAGAUCGACUUAACCCGCAACUACCUUAACGGCACUAUCCCUCCAGAAUGGGGUUCCAUGAAACUAGUGAACAUCUCCCUUCUUGGAAAUCGAUUAACUGGUUCAAUCCCAAAGGAGCUUGGAAACAUAAGCACACUUGUAAAUGUAACCCUCGAAUUCAAUCAGUUGAGUGGAGUUAUUCCUCCAGAGCUUGGGAAUCUUAGUCGCCUGGAGAAAUUACAUCUAACUUCAAACAAUAUUUUUGGGGAGUUGCCCGGAACACUUGCAAAGUUGACCGCACUGAAGGACUUUCGAAUUGGUCAAAACCACUUCACCGGAAAGAUACCCAGUUUCAUUGAGAAUUGGACAAAUCUUGAAAAAUUAGUGAUUCAAGCAAGCGGCCUGGAUGGGCCAUUUCCUUCUAGCAUUGCUCUUUUGACAAAAAUGACUGACAUGAGAAUCAGUGACUUAAGUGGAACCGAAUCAAGCUUUCCACCCGUUCGUAAUAUGAGGGGUCUCAAGACACUGAUACUGAGGAGUUGCAACAUUGUGGGACAGUUACCUCCUUAUCUUGGGAACCUGACAAACUUGAAAGUUUUAGACCUCAGCUUUAACAAACUAAGUGGACAAAUUCCAAACGACUUUGAGGGUCUAUUAAAUACACAGUAUCUUUAUUUAACUGGAAACUUGCUAUCUGGACCUGUGCCUGAUUGGAUGGUGAAAGGAGGAAAGUACUAUGACCUUUCAUUCAACCAGUUUACAGAUCGUAACACCGCCUUAAGUUGUCAACGAGGAAGUGUGAACUUGUACGGAAACUCGCCAAGUCUCAAUGCAACUGGAACUGUUUCUUGCUUGGGAAGCUCCAAAUGUCCACGAAAUCUGUCCUAUCUACUGCGAAUAAACUGUGGUGGACGUGCAGUUCCUGAUGGUAGGAACACAUAUCAGGAUGAUACAAAUUUGGGUGGACCUUCAUUUCUUUACCAAGGAAGUAAUUGGGGGUUUAGCAGCACUGGUCACUUUUUGGAUGACGACAGGACCGGAGACCCAUAUAUUUCUCGGAACAUCUCAAGUCUCUCUGCAAACACAUCCGAGUUGUACAUGGAUGCACGACUCUCUCCCCUUUCUCUGACUUAUUAUGCGUUCUGUCUGCUGAAUGGGAACUACAGUGUGGACCUCCACUUUGCAGAGAUCGUGUUUACAGAUGACCGAACUUAUAGCAGCCUCGGGAGGCGCAUAUUUGAUAUAUAUAUUCAGGUACUUGUUUCGCAUUUUAUGGGCAAGGUUAUAAAUGGAAAAAAUUUUAAAAGAAAGGAUAAUGCUAUUCAUAUUAAUAGUAAGUACAAGGAAAACCAAAUGGGCUAA